UCUGGUUAUACCUACAAUUCCUCUGGCACUAAUUCCCAAGGCAAUCACUACUGCAGCAGGGAUUACGGGAAUGGAUCCAACUCUUACCACUACUCCAAUAGUAACGGGAGUUACUAUUACUCCAACCCCAAUGGAUCCACGUACUAUAAUUCUGGUAACGGACAGUCUCAGUACACAUCUCCGAGUGGCCAAUCCCACAGCAGC